CUUAAUUCAUGGCCUCGUGAAACAAUUAUUUGUUGUCACUUAGGUUUUACAUUCUGGAGACUCACGUGUCUGUUUGUGCAGUGCAACAAGAUCCUAAUCCUCAAGACAAAACAACGCAAAAUUCCACUCCUUACCGAUCGACCUGAAUCUGUAGACAUGGAACGAAUAGUGCCAUUAACACAUGAAAUCCCGCCGAUGAAGGACCUGACGGCGGACAAUAUCACCGACAACGUCGUCACCAUCAAUAACCAGUGUUCCCAUGCUCGGGGGAAAUACAUCUUCGAGCGCCUAGUCCAUCACCUACAUGACUUUGCCCGCGAAGUGCGACUGUCUUCAGAAGAAUGGAUGCUUGGCAUCGAGUUUCUCACCAAGGUCGGCCAGAUUAGUGACGACUUAAGACAUGAGAUGAUCCUGCUGUCCGACACUCUCGGCCUCUCGAUACUCGUCGAUUCCAUUGACCAUCCUCGGAUCGAUACGGUGACAGAGGGCACGGUACUUGGCCCAUUCCACACGCAUGAUGCACCAGAUACGAAUCUAGGAUACACACUUCAUGAAGAUCCUGAUGCGACUCGGUUGUUUGUGCUUUGCACUGUCAAAGAUACCCAGGGUAAACCUAUCGCCAAUGUCCAAGCCGAUGUUUGGGAGGGUGACUCACAUGGCUUCUACGAUGUGCAGAAUCCCAAUAGGCAGGACCCUGACGGAAGGGCAGUUCUCCAUACCGAUAGCCAAGGAAUGCUGUUCUUCAAUGCUAUUGUGCCCGUACCAUAUCCAAUUCCAGAUGAUGGGCCGGUGGGUGCCAUGUUGAGGUUCCUGAAUCGCCAUCCAAAUCGGCCAGGUCAUAUCCACUUCAUGCUAUACAAAGAAGGCUAUGAUAAAUUAACGACUGCUCUAUACCCACGCGGCGAUCCAUUCGAGACGUCCGAUCCGGUCUUUGGCGUGAAAGAGUCCUUGAUUGUUGAUCUGGGGGAGGUAGAUGAUGAGAUUGCAGCGAAUUACGAUGUCAAAAAAGGAUCAGCACUCUUGAAGUAUGACUUUGUCCUUGCUACCAACGAAGAAGCUGGAGCUAUGAGGGAGAAGAAAGCGAUGGAUGCCGCGAAGAAGUUGAACAGGAAGAUGAAGUUGCAAAACGGGCUUCCAAUACCAGAUCUCGAUUAGACAUGGCUUGAUGGCCACUCCUGUGACAUUCGUCGGUUCGCGCAUUGUCUCCUCAGGGAGCACAUGGCGUGUUACAAUGAGAAGGCUUCAUAUAAUCAAGUUUCAGAUUGAUCCAAAUAAUUUAAUUUAAAUUCGUC